AUGCCGCCUCCCUUCCCAACCACGCACCGCGGGAUGACCAAGAACCCGCAACGGCCGGCGCGAUACCGACCUGGGAAGGCAGUGCCAGAGGAACCCUCGUCCGAAGAAGAGGAAGAGGAAGAGGAGCAGGACGAGGAAGAAAUCCGGCGGGAACAAGAGCGGAAAAGACUCGAGCAACAGAGACGAAAACAAGCGGCACCAAAAGCGACGUCAUUUCCCGGGGCGAAGGCGGUUACACAAGGCGUGAAGGACGUGAAGAUUCAGCAGGAAGAGAGUGAUGAGGAGGGGUUUGUCACGGAUGAAGAAGACGAGGGUGAAGACAGUACGCCUGCUGCUGCGCCUCGUGAGGCGGGGGCAGGACAGAUAGCGGAGCCCGCUGCGAAAGAAGAGGAAGACGAAGAAGAGAGUGAAGAAGAGGAAAGCUCCGAAGAAGAAAGCAGCUCCGAAGACGAAGCGCCCAAGCGCGUCCUCCUGCGCCCAACCUUCAUCAAAAAAGACAAGCGCGGCAGCGCCCCAACAGACGCAAGCACCAGCAUCGCCGACUCAACCGCCGAGUCCGAAGCGCGCAAAGCCCAGCGCCAGGAAAAAGCCGACGCCCUGGUCCGCGAGCAGAUCGAAAAAGACGCCAUCGCACGCAGCUCCGCAAACAAAGCCUGGGACGACGACGAAGCAAUGGCAAACGAGGAAGCCGAAAUCGACGACACAGACAACAAGGACCCCGAGGCCGAGUACGCGGCAUGGAAACUCCGCGAGCUGAAGCGCAUCAAGCGCGAGCGCGAGGCCAUCGAAGCCGCCGAGAAAGAACGCGAGGAGGUCGAGCGCCGCCGGAACCUCACCGCCGAAGAGCGCGAGCGCGAAGACCAGGAGUUCAUCGCGAAGCAGAAGGAGGAGCGGGAUGCGACGCGCGGCCAGACGGGGUUCAUGCAGCGGUACUUCCACAAGGGGGCGUUCUUCCGGCCGGAUCUGGAGAAGGAGGGGCUCGAUAAGCGGAAUGUGAUGGGGGCGCGGUUCGUCGACGAUGUCUCGCGCGAGACGCUACCGCAGUACAUGCAGAUCCGGGAUAUGACGAAACUAGGGAAGAAGGGACGCACGCGGUACAAGGAUCUCCGGUCUGAGGAUACGGGGCGCUUUGGCGAUGGGUACAGUAAUCGGCGGCGCCAGGAUGCGCCGGUGGGGAUUACGGACGAGCGCUUCAUGCCUGAUCGUGGGGAUGCGGGGCCUAAGGGGCCUACUGGUGCGAAUGCGUCUGUUGUUAGGCAGAGGCGUAGGUCUAGGUCGCGGUCUAGGUCGCGGUCACCGAGACGGGAUCGAAGACGGGAUCGCAGUGACAGUCGGGAUGGGCGCAGGGACCGCUCUCGCUCCGGGGAUAGAUAUCGACCUGAUACGAGCAGUCGCAGGAAGAGGAGCCCUUCGCCUUAUGAUGAUCGAGAUAAGAGGAGGCGCAUGAGGAGUGUCUCUAGGUAG